AUGAAGUUCGCAACGCUCUCGAUCGCCGCCGUCGCUAUGGCCGCCGGUGUGGUGUCGGCCAACAGCGGUUUGCCGGACAAGCUGCAGGUCGGCGUCAAGUAUCGUCCGGACAAGUGCGACGACAAGAGCCACGCUGGCGACUUGCUAGCCAUGCACUACACUGGAACGCUCGCGGACGGCACCAAGUUUGAUUCCUCCCUCGACCGCGGUCAGCCCUUCGAGUUCACCCUGGGAGUGGGCCAAGUGAUCAAAGGCUGGGACAAAGGUUUGCGCGACAUGUGCGUGGGCGAGAAGCGCAAACUCAAGAUUCCCCCCUCGGACGGAUACGGCGCACGUGGUGCCGGUGGCACCAUCCCCCCCAAUGCGCACUUGAUCUUCGAAGUCGAGUUGCUGGAGAUCAAGGGUCCUCGAGCUGCCGCUGCUGCUGCAAAGAACGCUCAUGGCGACCUUUGA